CGUAAAACAACUAAUAAAAAAACGUUAAGUGUGAACGAGACAAGCUGUAGUUUGCGAUUAUAUGAAUAGAAAAUUGCAAAAAUGUUUUAAAUAUUGUGUGAAAUUCGUGUCUAGUGCUAUAUCUUAUAACGAAUAAAUAGUGUAGUGUUUUAUGAAAACACGUAAUAGUGGUCUCACGACUUCAGCAGCGGGAAAUUGACCGUACGUCGGAAAGUAUACGAAAAGAAAAGAAAAAACAAACACAAAAUUGAUGGACUUAAAUCUAUAAAUUAAGCUCAAAAAAAAAAAAACACUUAAUUAUACGUCAAAAUGUCACAUCAUUUGGUGACAGUUUGCAUGUUUUGUCUACUGUGCGCCGCCCACACUUGCGGCUCCCACGUGGACAUACAGACAGAUGGAGUCUCGGCACACGAACCGAGGCUCGAGACCACAGACCACAUGUCCCUCGAAUUAGAAGAGAAAAGGAGGCUGGAUUCGAGGAACCGCUACCAUCAGAAGCUCCAGAAGAUCAGACAGAAGGAUCGCUUGAAGAGGGACGCGAAGAAUGUCGACCCUGAGCUGUACGUAGCCCAGAUAUUCGGCAUGUACGGGGACGCCGCUAGUAUGACCAUGAACCUGACCGGCUUCAACAAGAUGCUUGAGGAACUAGACCUGCAUAAGCUGAUCGAUGGUGGCCAAACGACCGACAGCACGGCCUACUUCCACGUUCAGACGACGAAGGAUGAAGAAGUUGUCAGCUGCGUUAACAGUUCAGAGCUGGUUACAACGGUGAACACGAGGUUAAAGCCCCACGACCAUGGCCACGGUCACGAGGAUCACACCCACAGCGACCACGACCACGAACUCCUAAUAUCCAAAGACACAUUGAGGUCAGUCUGUCCAAUAUUGCUGUACCAGAAACUAGCAAACACGUCGAUAGAACGUUCUGGAUGCGUGAAAGAAACGAAUCUACUGGUUCGCCACCAUCGAGACUUGGAAGAGAAGGAGAACGCGUACACGAAAAACAUGUUCGCGGUCUGGCUGUAUUCAUCCCUGAGCAUAACCGCGAUCAGCGCCUGUGGACUCCUAGGCGUGGCGGUCAUCCCUGUCAUGCACAAGACUUAUUAUAACCAUCUGCUACAGUUUCUGGUGGCUCUGGCCGUAGGGACGCUGUGCGGGGACGCCUUGCUGCACCUGAUGCCUCACGCGAUGAGUCCCAUGCACGACCACGAGGGCGGUGGACAUGCGGUGGCGGAAAUGUCGCACGACGACGGAAUGUGGAAGGGAUUCGCCGCCAUGCUGGGCGUUGUGUUCUUUUACUUCACAGAGAAGGGAUUAACGGUUGUCGUUGAGUGGAGGAAACGCAGGCAGAAGUUGGAGGAAGACAAACUUCCGACCAGAGUGCGCGUUCUUAAGGACGAAACGGUCGGGGGAUGUUCGGGUGGUUCAAAAGCUCCCAUAACGAACACAACUUCGAACAGUCUCAUGAAGAUCUUUAAGCGAGACGAAAAGGGAGAUCCCACAACGAAAACUUGCAAGCACAAAUACUCGGAAUAUCCUUAUUGUUAUGAUGAAAUCGAUACGGAUACUCACGACGAGCACCAUCUGAGGGACGGUAUACCGCCCAGCCCUAAAGCGAAGCACAACUCCGUGAGUGUGGUCUCAUCCAACGCCCUCAAUCCUGAGGGCAAAGAGGAACCCACAGCCAAGGACUGGCUGCUGAAAGCCGAGACCACUCCUGCUGUUGUCGAAAUGAACAAUAUCAAACACAAAGAAGACGGGUCCAAGGAUCUGAAGGAUGGCGGCAGUUACACAGUUAUAUUGAGGGAACAUUCUAGAGCGCACCACGGUCACUCCCAUGCCCAUGGGCACGUGCACGCUCCACCGUCGUCGAUAGCGUCCGUGGCCUGGAUGGUGAUCAUGGGUGACGGCCUCCACAAUUUCACAGACGGCAUGGCCAUUGGUGCAGCGUUCGCAUCCAGCAUAGCAGGUGGAUUCUCGACCGCCAUCGCGGUGCUCUGCCAUGAACUUCCUCACGAGCUUGGCGAUUUCGCGGUUCUCCUGAAGGCGGGCAUGUCUGUUAAGCGUGCUGUCUGCUACAACAUACUGUCGUCGGCUCUGUGCUUGGCGGGGAUGGUCUGCGGGGUCCUGGCCGGGCACGCCCCCUCAGCCACCAGGUGGCUAUUCGCAGUGGCAGCUGGCAUGUUCCUCUACAUAGCCCUCGUUGAUAUGAUGCCUGAACUUAGCACGUCUCACAGCAACGAGGGUACGCUAUGCCAAUGUGUGCUGCAACUGAUGGGUCUAGCCAGCGGCAUCGGUAUAAUGCUGGUCAUCGCCUUAUACGAAGAUGACCUCAAGAACUUGUUCGGCUGAAAGUGAAAGUGCCAAUUUUAAUAAAAAUCGAUCGUUGCCAUACGAGAAAAAAACGUUCUAAAGAUCAAACAAACGACCGCAAAUCUUAAAUUUGUUUUUCUCGUCUGGCAACCUCGCUCGUUCGAAGACUCGAAAGAAGACAAUGUGAUCGUUAAAUGUUUAAGAAUUCCAAGUGCUGUUCGACCCGCGUGCCUAAUGUUCCGUUCGGAGACGUCAAAGUGACAGCUGUCAGUUUGACGUUUAUCCCACUGACAGUUUUGUGAGCGUGUCUGACUGACCUCGGCGUGUGUUCCUUUUUGUUUACGCAAUUUUAACAACGGCAAUUAAGGAAAACCUUUGAGUGAAUCAUAAAGAGGAGUCCCUUCUUUAUGAAGGACUAAGAACUGUUCAGUGUGUUCCUUCCGUAAGCGAAAGCAUGAAUUAAACUUAAAAGUAUUACUUACUAAUUACAACUAUAUUAAUUUUAAUUUAAAGUGUCUUCAAAUUUUUUUUUUUUUUGUAUUUUUAAAAUCGAAACAAAAAUAAGUUUUUCGUAAAUGUAAAUAUUUUAAUGAUAAAUGUACUUAAGAUUAAUGAUACGUUCACAGUGGAUAAAUAAAUAAAUAAAUAA